AUGACUAGUACUACCAAGGGUACUUCUGCAGAACUCUCGGAGAAGACAGUCCCACUGGGGACCGGACCUCCGACGAGGGAGGAAUUGCUGGUCUACUACCCAGCCAAAUUUACAUGGCAUCAGCUGAAGACAUUCAUUAAUUCCGGUGACUUAGGACUACUGAAGCGGGACAAAAAGCUGCAGCAGAGAUAUGAUGCUUGGGCCAAAGGCAUCAGGGCAGAGUAUGGAUCCAUCGUGAAUUAUCUGAUGUACAAGCGACUACGCUGGGGGAAGCGUGACACCCAGUCCCGGCUCACUUCUGCGUUGGACGACGGGUCCAGUAGCAGUGCUCCUCCGACCGAAGAGCAAGUGCCCUUCGACCCCCGGAAUCCACCGCCGUUACCGCCGCUGCCCGAUAACGCCCCGCCCUAUUUCACCGCCGACACUCCAGCAGAACUGAUCAGCAUCACGCAGAACGACUGGCCAUACUCAGUGCCCCCCGAUAUCGAACACACCCUCAUCUGGACGCGCGUCCCGAUAUUCCACCCCGACAUCGUCCACCCGUCCGUAAAAGCCCGCGUGGACCAGGACGGCCUGUGGGGGUUCACGGGCACGCCGAAGGACUCGCCUCGGCCGUCCCCCUCGACACUACCGCAAUGUCUGCCCGCACUGUCGGAGUGGGGCGUCACGAUGGACAAGCUGGUGCGGUCACCCAAGGGCACGGAGGAGGAGGAGGCGCUGGUGAAGCGGGCUGGGGCGGAGGUGAACGAGUUCAUUAGGCGGCGGUGGAACGAGAGGGAGUGGGAGACUGCAUGGUUCGUUAAUCCGCCGCGACUGCAAAGCGUACCUGGUCUCGCGCAUAUCCAUGUCUUCGCUAGGCACAAAUCUCCCGAGGAGAUUGCCAGAGGGGAAUAUUGAAUGGACGCGUUUACUGAAGGAAUUGACUAGAGCUAGAUCUACCAACUGUGUUUAGAAUCAAGGGAAAGACUGCAUUUACAGACCAUAGAUGGACCGCGAAGUCCCUGCAGCUGGGAUGGGUGGGACGGGCCAGGGCAGAAUAUGAUUAUUAUAUUAUACAGGAGUGCCUGCUUGGGCGAGUUGAUGUAGGAUGUGAUACAUUAGACAUG